UUCCACACGCAGUUUCCGCCAUGUAUCCAGUUUGACGAGGUUUUGUUGUGCUGUUCACUCUGUGUGUUUUGUUCUUUUAAUUGUAGCUAACGUUACUUCUGCUCUAGCUAUGAGUGCAAUUAUUCCCCGGAUAGAGCAGCUGUCUGCCAGAGUUGUUCGGGUUUUGGGCUGUAACCCGGGACCGAUGACUCUGCAGGGAACCAACACCUACCUGGUCGGCACCGGGGAAAGGCGUGUGCUGAUAGACACUGGAGAACCUGCUGUACCUGAAUAUAUCAGCAGUCUGAAACAGGCACUGAGACAGUUCAACACCAGCAUCCAGGAGAUCAUCGUCACACACUGGCAUCACGACCACACGGGUGGGGUGGAAGAUAUCUGCAGGGACAUCACUGGUUCUGAGGUCCGAGUCAGCAAACUGCCUCGUGCCAGCCAAGUCAGAGAGAAAGCCGGAAACAAAAGCUUUACUUACCUGAAAGAUGGAGAUGUUGUGCAGACUGAGGGGGCCACACUCAGAGUGCUGUUCACCCCGGGCCACACUGAUGACCACAUGGCCUUGCUGCUGGAGGAGGAGCGGGUGCUCUUCUCUGGAGACUGCAUCCUGGGCGAAGGCACCGCCGUGUUCGAGGAUCUCUACAACUACAUGAAGUCUCUGAAGAUCUUGCUGGACUCUCAGGCCGACCUCAUCUACCCCGGCCACGGACCUGUGGUUCCGGAUGCUGGCUCUAAGAUCAGACACUACAUCAGUCACCGGGACCAAAGAGAGCAGCAGAUCCUGGCAGCCAUUCAGGAUGGAGCAGGAAAGCCUUUCUCCUCAAUGGAGCUUGUCAAAAUCGUUUACAAGGACACCCCUGAAUACCUGCACCAAGCAGCGAAUGUGAACCUGGUCCAUCACUUACAGAGACUGGAGAAAGAAGGCAAGAUCAGCCUGGCACACAAAUCUUCAGAGGACAUCAAAUGGAAGAGUAACCUGUGAUGUCCACAGAGACAGAGAAGAAAUGCACUCUUAAUUGACCAGUGGGCCAACAUAAUGGAAAUCCAUCUGGCAUAGUGUUUGUGGUUGAAUGCCUUAAUUCUGCUGAUUGACAGAUGUGUUAAUGGAAAUCAGGGAUGGUGGUCACACUUGUUGCCUUGAAUGUUUCCUGACUCAGGCUGUACAAAACAACAACAAUCAACAGUCACAUUCACCAGGACUGAGCUGCAGCUUGUGUCAAAGUUUAACAAGGCCAUACAAUGUCAGAAGGUCGGCUGAAUUUUGACUGUGGAAGAAUGGAAGACUAGUCCGAUGCCACAAUGUGAUGAACGUGUCAUAGUGCCCCCAUCUGCCCGUAUUCAGUUGCUCGUCUUUCUUUUCUUCUUCUAGAAGGCUUUUCCCUAAUAACUUUGUUUGCUUGCGUAUGUUGCGGAAAGUUAUAUCUGGCUUUGUCUUGAUUGGGGAAAAUGUUUUUUUUUUUCUUCAGGGAUUUAGGCACACUUGUAUGGAGGCACUUGGGUAAAGGAAGGUCAGUAGGAAGAAAUACGGCUGAGAGUAGAACAAUUCAAAUGUUCCCAGAGACUGCUGUGAAUUCAACCAGUCACUAGGUGGCAGUAUUUAAUAAUACAUUUAUUGGGAGAUAACUUAAACAGUAAAUUGCAAUUUAACAACAUAUGCCAAACAUUACAAAUUUUUGGAAUUUGUUAAAAAUAAAACAUCUAAAGAAUCAGAAUUAUAAAACGUUAUUGUCAUUGCACCAAUAGUACAACGUGAUCUACUGUGAGGUGCUGUUGUAUUUUUCUUGCCACGAAAAAUAAUCUUUUUGCUCAUGGUAAUGUUUAUAUAGCAACUGUACAACUUAUGAAUACUGAAGUUUACCACUUAAAAACAGCUUUGAAAGGCUGAAUAUAUUCUCAGCUAUAUUUUGUUCCAAUAUUCCUCUGAGUAAUAUCCAGAUCUUUUGCAUGAACCUUUGAGCCCUUUAGUGAGUCUCAUCUGUUUCAUAUUGACUAACCACUCUCAUGUAAUCUGACUGUUGGGGGAAGAACAUGUUUCUGUAUCUAAGAUUUUCUACAAAAACUGCUUAUUUUGGAGCAGACUGUGGUGAUUUUACUGAAAUCAACUUCACCACUUGAAAAUAACUAACUACAGUGCAUGGAUCAUGCAGCACAUUGGAAGGACACUGCUGGUCUACAUGUUGAAAACAAACAUCACUGAACUUAACCAGAAUGGAGCAGAAACACUAUAAGGUGCUGUUAGCCUACCAAAGUACAGAGACAAGUUUCAAUUGUGGAAGUAGAGGACAAAUGCCAAUGUAAACUGUAGAACAUGAAACUAUGUUACAGUGAUAGUAAUGGUAUACACUAAACACUGCUGGAAGGUUA